AGCCAUUAGCCCAAUAUGUCAAAGUCUAAAAAGUUUUGAAACAACUGAAUAAUUUCUUGAAAGUUACAAACUUACUGAAAUUUCCAAUGUGAAUUAAACAAAACUUUAUUAUAAAAUGAAUUCAACAGUAUCUGACGAUAUAAGUAGGGAACAUUUGGCCUCAGAAGCAGCUCGCUGUUUAAAAAAUAUAUUUGCAAAUAAUAAAAACGUUACGGAACUCCACAAAGAGUUGUUAGAAGUAAAUCUUUCAAUCACAGCGUAUGUUGAGGAAAGUAAGCGACGAUUGGCCGCUUUACGGUUAGACUUGGUAAACAGUGCAAGCAGCUCACAAAAAGUUGUUGAAGUGCUAUCAAAGAAAUAAGGAGUGCACAAUGUCAAAUUCUCCUCAAACACCUAAAAAGGGAACAAGUAAAUUACACAAGAAUUUUUUCUUCUCAAUCCAAGAAUCUAACAUAAACAUAGGGUGUAAAAACAAUAAACAGCAAAAUGUGAGGAACUUUAUAUCUUGGUAUAAACACUUUAUUGACAAUGAAAGACAAAAUCUGGGACUCUAUUUAUCAGAUGACAUAACCAUCCAGUGGUUUGGCAGAACAAUAAGAACAAGGAAAAAAGUGUUUAGCUUUCUAAAAAAUGAUGUAGAGUGCUCCAAACAUUAUUUUACAUCAGUGGAUAGUAUUGACAAAAUUAAGAUAAGGUCUAGAUCGCCAAGGAAAAGUGAGUCACUUUCCAGUCCAUCUCUCUCACCUGAAAUAAAGAGAAAUGGUAAGAGAAAAUUACUUCAGGCAACUUGCAAUAGUCCAGAGUGGGCACCCGGCUGCAAGCCUGAUGAUGAAUUUGAUGGGACUGACAGAAAACGUUCUAAAGCCACUGUUGAUGGUUCCAUCAAAUUUGAACACAAUGACAGAUGCCCAAAUGAUAUAAAAUGUAACAAUUCUUUUGAAAUUAACAACAAGGGUGAUGGUGUGAGUAAAAAACGAAAAUUGGAGCCCACUACACCCCAAAAUAUGGAGUAUGGACAAGGUGAUUGCAUGCCUUCAACUAGCUCAGAUUCAAACAGGUCACACGAAGCAUUGAAUGCUCAGUUGCCCAAAUUGGCAGUAGAAUGCAAUGGCUAUGUUGAAUUUACAAGAUCUAGAAACAGUCAUAAUAUAGAUUGUCCAAAGUGGGAACGGAAAUUCAAAUUACAAAUUAGUUUCUCUGUAGACCCUUUGAAUGUAGGUGAGUAUAUUAUUUGGGGCAUAUUUUAUAGUGAUGAAAGUAAAUGCAGACGAAACCUUUUAGCUGCAUUUGAUGAAGUUGGUAAGAAUGAAGAGCCUAAACAACUAUAAAGGUUUACAUUGAGUCAGGACAAUCCAAUGAAAUGCAUUUAUAAUUUUAAUAAUGAUAUUUACAUUUUUAUAAGUAUUAUAUGUGUGAAGGCACACACUGCCAUAAUUAUGACUAUGAUUUGAUUAUCUAUGAAAUUAGGAUUUAUUCUGUCUUGCUUCACUAUAGAAGGAAAUAUUAUUUAUUUUUUACUAUUUUAUAUACAUACUAUUCUUAUACCUAAGCAUGUUAUGUUAACUAAAUACUCAAUCCCUUCCCAGUGUAAACAUAGGGCUGGAUAAUGUAUAAAUCUGAUCUUGUUAAAGUUAGUCUCUUUAGAUUUGUGUUGUGAUUACAGAUGUGUAUUUUAUAAAUUAGGCUCCAAAUAAUAUUUAGGUUAUCGAUUGUUAAGGUUUAUAGAUUGGAUAUAUAUUAUCUUAGUGAACUGUUGCCUUAAAGUUGUAUGUAAGAUAGAUUAAUUUCAAUCCGUUUCAGCUAAUGCAUGACAUGGUAUGAUUCAAAUAGUAUAAUCAUUGACAGUUACUUGUUCUUUUCUAGUUUCCAACUAGAAUAUACAUUCCAGAUUUUUUUUUCUAAUAUCUUUACAAAUUAAAUGUAGCCAUGCAAAAUGUCAACUUUCAUUAUUUGUAGUGUUGAUUUGUUUAUAUUAAAUAAUGGAUAAUGGAUUUUGUAUCGUUAUGAAAUACUUUAAAUUUGUAGAAAACCACAAUUUUGAAGUUUGCAAAAUCUCUUAUUAUAAUUUGAAUUAACUAUAAGGGACCAAAUUGUUACUUAUGAAUAUUAUUAGUUUUAAAAUGUGACACUUUAUAUGUUUAGGUAAAUACUGUUUGUGUAUUGUAGUGUAUUAGUUUGUAAAGAUUUGUGUUACUUAUAAAGUAAUUGAACAUUAGAAUUAUUUUUGUUAUAUUUGUCUUUAAGAUUGGUUUUGCUGUUUGGCUUAAGAAAUAAAUGUCUAAUAUAAAUAUAAA